UUAUAUGAUUCGAUCGUUCUGCUUUACGUCCUGCUCUGCUUACCUACAUUACGGGUAUACUAUAUUCUGGGAACCCCCUUUGAAAGCUUUUUGGUCGGCGUCCCUGGGGCAAAAAGCUUUCUUACGCACUCUGCCACAAUCGGACAGUUGAAUGAAUGCGAAACAGCGGCAACUUUAACCGCGUUUAACUGCCGUCAACAACAUGAACUUCAUAUGUAAAUAUUGCCCAAAUUGUUGAGAACCAGAGAGAGCGGCGUGAAAAUGCGCAGGUGCGGAGAGAGCAAAGCUGCCACCCUUUAGCUGCCACGUGCGAGUUGAGAGCGGAGAGCAGAGAGCAGAGACCGGAGAGUGGUGGCAUGAUGAGCUUAACAGAGAAAAGGCAAUCUCGCCAGCGGGCAAUUCAUUUGGCCAAGAAGCAUCGUGGCGUACGGGCGUGUUGUCGUGUCGAAAAAUGCGCGCGUAAAUUGAUAAAAAGAAGGAAAAGAAUACAGCACAAUAAUUAGAAUUGGAGGAGAACGAAGUGCAGAAACAGAGCAAACAAAAACGUAUAGUACAAGCCAGCUUCCAUGCUGGCCAAAAGAAAUGUGUUUAUGUGAUGUGUGAAUAAAGUGCCAGAAAGGAAUUGCCAGAAAUCAACGCCAGUAAAAUGUUGGCCAACUGUUUGGUCAACAAGCGCAAGCGUGCUGUGUACGGCAGUAGUCGAUAAUGUCGUUGGCGCUGGCAGUGCCAGGAGCGGAUCCCCGGCCAGUUACCGUGCCAGGUCCUAAUCAUCAUUUGAAAGCACUGAAGGUGAAUAACUCUAAAUGCAAUAACAAUAAGAACAAGGGCAAAAAAGCAACAUCAGCAACAUCGGUGACCUCAGCAGCAGCAGCAGCAGCAGCAGCGACAACAUAAAUAUUCACAUACAUAACGAUAACGAUAACGAUAACUGUUACCAUAACGAUAGCGAUAACGAUAACGAUAACGAUUACAAUACUAGCAGCAACAUUGCCACACAGCACCACCAGCGCGACAUGUUAGCAGCAACAACAACAACAGCAACAGCAACAGCAGCAGCAACAACAAAUUCAUCAACAAUUACACGGAUAGUUGGAGCAUUUGGAAUUCGAGCAACGCGAUGGUAUUAAGCACGGAAUGGUCUCAGGUGGAGGUUAUCGAUCUGAUCAAUGAUGGCAACGGCCUGGGCUUCAUUCUUGUGGGCGGACGCAGCACAGGCGUGGUCAUCAAGGCACUGACGCCGGGCGGCGUCGCCGAGCGCGAUCAGCGCUUGCAGCUGGGCGACCAUCUGCUGCAGAUCGGCGAGGUGAAUCUGCGGGGCUUCAGCUCGGAGCAGGUGGCAACAGUUCUUCGUCAGACCGGAGCUCAGGUGCGUCUGAUUGUGGCGCGGCCGGUUGAGCCGACGGCUAUCGAUUAUCAUACAUUGGCCAGUCAUGCGCCCAUUAUACCAACUAAGCUCCUCUCCGACCCGGAAGAACUGUCGCGGCAACUCUUUCAAAGCACGAGCUUGGCCACGGCAACGGCCUCCCAGGAUGUCGGCAGUCUGGUUGGCCUGGUCACUGGCGGACCGGCGUCUGACACCGCUGACAUGGGCAAUGUGUCAGCGCCUGGAUGCACGGUUCCGGUUCCGGUUCCGGUCCGGCUUCCGGUCACGGCCACGCCCACAAACGCGAUUACGCCCGCAUUUCAAGCCCUUGUGCCCGACACGGAAUUGGCCGACCUUCCCCUGCCCCCCAUACCCACAAACAAUGCCAGCAGCAGCUCAGAUGGCGGACAUUGCCUGCAGGAUAUGGACAUUGUUCCCUAUUCUAUAUUAUCACCGCCGCCAACAACGGCGCUGCUGACGGCACGACAAUCGCUGCAGCUGCCGCUGGGUCAGCGCUGGACAGGACUGGAGACGGAGGAGCAGCACAUGGAAGGCACUGUGAUAGCCGGCAAGAAGUUGGCAAGGUCAUUGGCAAUGCCGAAUACCGAUGACGGCGACGGCGACGGCGUCGCAGACUGUUGCUCUUUGGGCUCCAACUCGCCAUCCUCCUACAUGGAGUCACCGGAAACGGAAACGUACGUUGUGGAGCUGCACAAGAACGUGUAUGGCCUGGGCAUCACGGUCGCCGGCUACGUGUGCGAGGAGGAGGAUCUGUCGGGCAUAUUUGUGAAGAGCAUCAUCGAGGGCAGCGCCGCUGAGAUGAGUGGCCAGAUACAGAUCAAUGAUCGCAUUGUGGCCGUCGAUGGUCGCACCCUGGCGGGUGUGACGAAUCAUCAGGCGGUGGAGCUGCUGCGCAACACGGACAUCGAGGUGCAUCUGACGCUGGAGCGUUUCCUACGUGGCCGCAAGUUCGAGCAUCUGCAGGUGGCCCUCACGGAGAUGAAAGGCGGCAGCGCUAACGAUGGCGAUGGCGAUGGUCAGUCGCAGUUAUCAAUGCCGGCAUCGCCCUCCAUAGCGACACUCAGCUGGCUGCCGCCGAAAUCCGCCGAUGCGGACUCCAUUGUUACGGAUGCCGGGGACGGCCAGCUGCUGGCUGACUUUGCCUCCGAUCUGCCCUCCCGGGACACCGUGGACUCGAAUAUGUCGCACGUGCUGGACCGCAGCGACCACAGUGCGCCACGUCUGACCAAUGGCAAUGGCAAUGACAAUGACCUUGGCAUUGGCAAUGGGCAUGAUCAUGACAGUGGCAAUGACACCGACGAGCAGUGUCCGGAGCCGGACAUUGAUCCCCAGUCCAAGACGGGAUCGCAGCCUAAGCAAGAGACCAAAGUGCACUCGGGAAUUGGGGCUGAAGCCGAUCUAGAUCAUGGCAAGACGCCCACCAAUGAGCAGGAAACGCUGCCGUCAGUGCUCAAGAGCAGUGCUGCCACGCCCACGGUCGUCCUGCCGCCCAAACUGGCCAGUCCCAGUGCCGCCUCGCUAAGGGUGGCCUGGAAAAGUCUAGGAAUCAGCCUCGAGGGCACCGUCGACGUCGAGUGCGGCAUUGAGAAGCGUCCGCAUCAUUACAUACGAUCAAUACUCGAGGACGGUCCCGUCGGCAGGCAGGGAAUACUGCGGCCGGGUGACGAACUGCUUCAGGUCAACGAGCACAAGCUGCAGGGCCUGCGACACAUUGAUGUUGUCAAGAUCCUCAGGGAGUUGCCGGAAAGCGUGAAGCUGGUUUGUGCCCGUGGCACCAGAGCACCCUCCAUUAUCAAUACGUCACAGAAUCCGGAGGCAUUUGAAACGCGCAGCUUGCUGCCCGGCGGUCAUCAGAGUCUGCAGAAUCUGCUGAGCAAGGCGCAGUCGGAGAGCUCCCUAUAUACGUCCAGUACGGCAACGCUAACGGAUACGGCAGCUGGCAACGGCGCAAAUCGCUCCAAAUCAAUGGAGAAUGUUUCCGGUCUGGCAUUGUGGAGCUCUGACGUGACGGCCGUGAAUAUUGAAAAGACGGAGCAGGGCUUCGGCUUCUCCAUACUCGACUAUCAAGAUCCGCUCGAUGCGGAGGGCAGUGUUAUUGUGAUACGUGGCCUGAUACGCGGUGGUGCUGCGGAGGCAACUAACGAAAUAUUUCCAGGCGAUCGACUUAUCAGCGUUGGCGACCAUGCCCUCCAGGGCCUGGAGCUCGACGAGGCCGUCGCCAUACUGAAGGCCGUUCCGCCGGGCACAACGCGACUGGGCAUUUGUCGGCCCCUGUCCACGUCGGACAGCAACAGCAACAGCAACAUUGCCUCGCCCAUUAACGACUCGGCCAGCAGCACAUAGUGUCACUGGUCACACCUGGCGGAGGAGCAGCGAGGAAGCCAGUUCUCAAUACAUUAUUUGACCCUCAUAUCGGCCACUUAAAAGCUGCGCAUCCCGACAACAACAACCCAACCAAACCCAACAACUAAACAACCAAACAGCUAAAACACCAAAAUGCCAGCAGCGAAACGAGAAAUGCUGCAGUCUAAUUCAACGGAACUGAAAAUGGGACAAUUUGUAUAUAGAUGAACCACAACAUGGAUGUAGUAUUAAAAUAUAAAUCCACACACACACACACACAUUGAGACGCAGAUACUAACAGUGACACACGUAAUUGUCCAAACCAUAUACACAGACCAUAUAACGUAGUUAAAACUAAUAGAUCUGACUGUGCUGACAUGUUAUUGAUUGCAACGCAAACAUAAAAGAUACGUAUAGUAUGAAUAAAUAAAUAGAUAGUACUUGUAUUUGGCACAUUCAAAACGCAGAGAUUCCAAAAUAUUUAUAGCGCAAAUUGCAAUAUCAAUAAAUACAUUUUUAAUAACUAUCGUCAGCUGUCAACGACAUCAAAAUGUUGCCUAACAAAUUUCAAAUAUCCCACACAAAGCAAAUAUAAAUAAUUGCGAAAUUACAUAGCAAUUCUCAAAUGUAGUGCUCUCUAAUAGUUUUCACAAUUUUUUAUCAAUUGUAAAUACUGAAGGGUGUUUUUUAUACGCAUUUCAUUAUUUGAUAGAUGGGAAGAAGAUUCAUUGCCUUGGCGGGGGAUUGCAGAGGAGGGCGAACCUUCUGACAAUAGCAUUUAAGUAGACAGCAAACAAAAAACUAAAAAUUGUAAAUUAUUUAAUGCUAGAUCAAAGGAAUCGAAAGAUGUUUGCAUUCUGAAUUUACAUCUAAAUCGAAAUAAUUAUAAUUAAAAUUCUAUGCUUAUAUAUAUAAAAUUUAUAUAUACACACAAUUGACCAAACGAAAGUUUAACUUUAUAAUUAGAGAAUUAAAAGAUCAUACUUUAAAUAGCUGCAACUAAAAUAAAGCCAACUGAAUAGACUUGUUUAAGCAGCUUGAAUCUUUUAGUAUAAUGACAUUGGUCUUAAUAGAAACAUCUACUACUAUAUCACUCCAAAUUCAAACCGUUUAGAUUUGUUUUGUAUGUACGUCAUAUCUUUCUCCUUUAAGACUCGUUUCAAUAGCUUUACAAAUCAAUCUGAACAACAAAGUUAGCAGAAGGCUUGUUAGUGAUACUAUUUUUAAAAAGAAACUCAGAUAAUGGCACUUUGAUUAGAGAUUACAUAUUAAUUACAAUAUGAUGUGUUCCUCAAACUAUUUUUAUUUGCAAUGGAUGCUGUGGUUACCUCUAUCAAAUAUAAAAGACACUAAACAGACGCCAACGCAUUUUUAGCUACUUUAUUUGUAGUAUUUUAUAUUGGCAAAGUUGUACAGUACAGUAAAAACCGAAAAAUAGACAACUGCUAUGUCACAUCGACUGAUGGCUGAAACAAAACUAAGAUUCUUUGUCAGCAAAAAUGAAGUCAUUCAUGUGCAAUGGCAAAUUAAAGUAUAGAGCUGAACACAUCAGAUCAGUAAAUAUGAUAAAGUACUAGCUAAAUUCUUAAAUGGUUCUGUGAAUUGUGUAAUUAAAUUAAUUGAAUCUUUUGCUCUGUUAUCAAAUCAAAUCAAAUUAAAUCGAUUCAAUGAUUUUAGAAACCGAUUGUAAAUAGGAGAAAAAAAGGAACUACUCAGCAUUCGAAAUACAAAAGAAAAAUAUGUACUUAACUACUCGUUUAUCAACUAAAAGAAAUCGAAAGCAUUGACAACACAGGCACAUUUACAAUAUAAGAAAAAGAAACACUGAAAAACGCAUAAGUAAACAAGUUCCAAGAAAGUCUUUCGAAUAUUCCCACACACACACAUACAGUACACACACCACAUCAUAUCACAUCACAUCACAUCCAAUCGCACAUCAAUGCAGUAUAUCCAAAACAAUUUAGCAAUUAGCAUUAAAUAUUAACAAACUGUCUGAGCAAAAGCAAACUAACUAAAGCGAAUGACUAAGCUAAAAAGAAAGCAACACUAAACGAAAACGAAAUGCAGCGCAAAAACCAAUAGGCGCCAUCAGCGAUACGAGUAUGUAAAAUGAACAAAUGUUAAAUUAAAGAACAAAAUAAAAGCAAACAAGAAA